UUUCCACAUAAACCCUAACCCCACCGGAAACUCGACCGUUUUGCUGUCCUUUUUUUUCCCUCCCUCCAUUUUUUCCUCUCCCUUUAAAAGUCCAUGAAAACCCUUUAGCAUUAACCUCUCCCUUUAAUCAUUUGAACUAAUAAUUCACAAAAUCAAGAGGGUUAUUGGGAUUUUAUUUGCUAAAUGGGUUGUUUUCUUGGAUGCUUCGGGGGGGCGAAGGAUCACAACCGCCGCAAAAGGAGAAAUAACCGGAGUGACGCUCAAAGAAAUAGAGUUCAGAAUAUUCAGCGGGAAAGUGUAACGACUGCGGAACAGACCAACACUGAAAUACUGCCGACCAACUUGGUUUCUGAGUUGAUAAAUAAACCUGAUGGUGAGGAGCAACUGAGUCCAAGCCCAAGAAAAAGAGUCACAUUUAACUCAAAUAUCACAACAUAUGAGCAUGUUCCAGUUCAGGAAAGCGUUAAUUCUCUGCCAGAAUGUAAUGAAAAUACAAGUCAAUCAAAUUCUCUAUCGGAAGAUGAUAGUUCAGUCAUAUCCAGUGUCGGAUCAUAUCCUCCAAACCAUAGAUACCAUAAUGCAAGAGACAGCGAUGAUGAAGCUGAAGAGUAUGGGGACAGUGACAUGGAUGAUUUUGCUGACUCAGAUGAUGAAGAUGAUUAUGGUGACUUUGAUGAACACACUGAUGGUAAGAUUUCUUACCAGGAAGUGUGUUCUAAAUCGGUUAUAAUUGCAUCGAUGGAGUCGAGGACAGAAAGUCUUGCAGCACAAGUAACAAAUGAAGAAGUAGAGAGUCGUAUGGUGAAGAUUCGACCACCUGAUGAGGAAGUCGAGCCGUUUGGAUCAAAAGGAAAUGCAAGAGACAGAAAUGGUUAUAUUAAUUCGGUGUUCAACCCCAUAGAGAAUAUUACUCAGUGGAAAGCAGCGAAAAAAUCAAAAAGGGCGCAUCAAUUGACCCAACAGAAGGAGAACUCAGGUACCAACUUUGAAGCGCCUCAUAUAUCUUUUAGCUCCAAAUCAAUGUUUAAUCCAAAAUCUAAUCAAGUGAAGACGGGCAAUCAAGAAAUAGCAGUUGAUGCAAGCCUUUCAAACUGGUUGGCUUCUCCUCCCAAAACCAUGGUCUCCAAGAAGACUAGUUUCAGCGGCCUUGAAACCGUAACAUCUGGGAUGACCAUGUCGGACGGCUCUAGUCCCCUUAGCAACUUUGAAGAUAGACCAAUUUUAGGUGCAUUGACGAUGGAGGAGCUGAGGCAAAUUUCAGCGACUCCCUCGCCAAAACAGUCUCCCAGUCGAAGCCCAGACGAGAUGCCCAUUAUAGGCACUGUUGGGACCUACUGGGAUCACUUGGCUUCUUCAACAAUAUCCGGUUCAGCCUCUUCUUACAAGUACAGAGAAAUGAGAAUGGGAUAUGUUCUACAUUGACAAUAGUAAAUCAGCACCCUACAAGCCGUCAAAGUUCAGACAAAUGUAUAGAGCAUUGCAUCCUAGUACAGCUGGUGAGAUGGUUUUCGGUUGUUUCUAUAUUUUUGAAGUUUCUUACUGUGUGGAUUCUUUACUUGGACUUGUGUAUACAUAUUUGAUUUGAUUUGUUUGAUUUUUUCCUUAUAUAAUUAUCAUUUGAUUUGUCUGUUGUACUCUUUAUAUCACUGCAAUUUAGUCAA